AGGUGGAUGGUGGUAUCCGUGUCUCGAUGCUAGGAAUGGAGGAAUUUGUCACCGACGAGGAAGAGCCAUGGUACGACCAGCAAGAUCUCGAAUCGGACCUCCACCUGGCAGCAGAGCUUGGGAAGACUCUGUUGGAGAGGAACAAGGAGCUGGAGGAUUCUCUACAGCAGAUAUACAUCACCAAUGAGGAGCAGGUGCAGGAGAUUGAGUACCUGGCUAAGCAGCUGGAGGUGCUGAGGGAAAUGAAUGAGCAACAUGCUAAGGUGUACGAGCAGCUAGAUGGGACAGCCAGAGAACUGGAGCUCACCAACCGUACCCUGGUACUGGACAGCAAGGCCUCGCAACAUAAGAUGGAGAGGUUGACGGGGACCAUCGAGACCCUGCAGACCCAGGUGGAGUCUCUCUCUGGGCAGGUGGAACAGCUCCACUCCCUGGAGCAGCUCAGGGUCCGGAGGGAGAAGAGGGAACGGCGCAAAACCAUCGCCUCCUUCCCCUGCCUUAGGGAACUCUGCACCGCACCCAAGUAUGAGGAUGGGUUUGUGGUGGGCCGCUCAGACAGCUUCACCUCAGAGACUAAGCGCCAGCCAGCAGAGGAGGAGAACGAGCGUCUGAGAGAGGCUGUGUCGGCGCUGCGCUCGGCCGUGAGGGCGGAGCGGGGUCGCAGGGAGGGGGCGGAGAGAGAGUGUCACGUCCUCCUGGGGGAGUUCUCUCGUCUGGAGUCACGUGUGCUGGGUGCAGAGAGCUGCCAGGCACGGGUUCGUGAACUAGAGGCAGAGCUCCAGGAACUCCAGCAGCUCCGACGGGCGAGGACCCUCCUCCUGAGCAGCGAAGAUGACGGCGUGGGCUUCACCCAGACCCUCCUCAACAACACCCCCGAGACAGACACCCUGGAGGGGGAGGGAGGAGAAGUGGGUGGAGGGUCCAGGGAGGAGGGCGAGGGGGGAGGAGGCUUAGGUGGAGAGUUGUUACCUGCCUCCAGCCCCGUCAGGAAGAGCUGCAGCGACACGGCACUGAAUGCCAUCGUGGCAAGGGACGCGUCCGGGAGGAGAAGAGGGAGCUACGCGAUCCACGCCAACAGCGUCCGUAAGAGAGGGAUGUCCAUCCUGAGGGAGGUGGACGAGCAGUACCACGCUCUGCUGGAGAAGUAUGAGGAGCUGUUGGGGAAGUGCCGGCGCCACGAGGAGUCCAUGUGCCACGCGGGGGUGCAGACCUCGCGGCCCGUCUCCAGGGACCCCUCCAUGAAGGACUGUGCCAUGGGCCCCACCCCUGCACCCCCGCCCUCCCCCACCCAGUCCCCCUCCACCCCCGAGGUGAUGGAAAGCAUCAGUAAGCAGGUGGAGGCGGUGGAUAAACGACUGGGCCAGAGCGCGCCAGAGUACAAGGCUCUGUUCAAGGAGAUCUUUUCUCGUAUUCAGAAGACCAAGAUGGACAUCAAAGCUACCAAAGCUACCAAAGCCAGCAAGUCUGGCAAGUCCAGCAAAUAAAUGAUGAUACUGGAUUGGUUUGGUAGCGCAGUGCUUUUUCCAUGCUCAAAGCGCUUGAGAUUAGAGGAGGAAUUUGCCUCGUACUCUACCGAUGUGUAGCACUCAAGGGUAGGCUUCUGUAUGGGGUCUGGUCUCCUGUCUGCUUCACAGGAGGCUGCUGAGGGGACAACGGCUCAUAAUAAUGGCUGGAACGGAGGAAUGG